AUGGCGGAGCACGAUAGGCCCUUGCCAAAGUUUGGUGAAUGGGAUGUCAAUGAUCCAGCUUCAGCUGAGGGUUUCACUGUGAUCUUCAACAAAGCUAGGAAUGAGAAAAAAACAGGUGGAAAAACUGACUCACCAAGAAAAACUGGCUCAGCAUACAAGCACGAAGCAACUCUCGGGAAACCUCAAUCUAAAAGGUGGCUUUGUUGUGUGCAGUCCGGUGCCACAGAUUGA